UAUAACAAACUGUUUCAAUGACGUUUACAUUAACGAUUCAUUUCCCGUUUGAAGUUGAAACUCAUGGUCUGGGAAUGGCAGCAAUGAGACAAUUGCUGAGCCUGUUCUGUCAUCUAAGGGCUGAACAGUCAAUGCUGUGGUUCUACCUCCCCCUGGCGUCCAGAGGGCACAUCUGCACACAGUCACACUAUUACUAAAUCAUAUAAACAUGUUCUUGGCUCCUCCCCGGUGUUCCAUUAUUAAAUUGUAUAAACCACUGCACAUUUUCCUCAAUGUGUGUCUUGUGAAAUGUACUCAUGUUGCAGUUUUUAGACUCAUUGUUCUUAUUGACGUUGGUUUCCCAACAAGUGCUUCCAAGCCGAUAUAAAUUAUGAAUCUUUGAUUGUCCACCCCGCAGAAGCAACACGGAGGUCCUUCGACCCAUCCAUGUAAUGCCUCAGUAGCCUUAUCACUAAAAGUAAUGAUCGUCAAUGAGCAAACAUCCACCUCUAAUCAAUACAACCUGUCGCACGAUACGCGUAUUACGCACGACGAUGACAGACGACUCAACCCUUAUUUUUUCCUCACCAUCGCCGUGCGCCGGAGCGCUUCUUUGAGGAGCACAACAGGUUCAAAUGACAGCUGAAGCAAACCCCGACGGUCCGCUCGGUGUGACGAAGCAAACGUCAGCUCGCGGCGAGCCAACCACAGCCGGCGUCAUUUGCACACAAGAAGACCCGUGCGACGGAGGUGCUCGGCGGUGGCUCUCUGUGAGACAUAUUCAAUGCCUCCACUGCAACGUGGCUUUCACCUGCUCUGCUCGUUCCUACGCGAAAUGAAUGGCGCGCAGGAGCUGUGAAGGAAUAUGCCGGUGCGCAAAGUGAGUCUCCAUCCUUCGCCCCGCAGAGUGGAUACUGGACGUGUAGCCAGAGCGCCCCGCGCUUCCCGGGACAACGCAUCCUGGAAGUUGCGCCGCUCACACUAUUCCUCCACUUGACCUGCCCCCAGCAAAGCGUAAUAGAUGCCAUUUCCCCGCGCGACUCCAUGGAUUCGGUUCACUGAGGACCAUCUGAGAAACAGGCAUGGCCGUGCCAACUAUGGUGUUCUCUGACGUGGAAAGUUUCCUGGACUCUCACCCCGACUUGUUCGAGGACUACCUGAACCGAAAGGGCAAACACAGCAUGGUGGAGAAAUGGCUGAAGAACCACAAGGCGACCCAAAGUCCGGCGGCCGCGGCUCCCGCCGCGCCGAGGGACGCGAAGCCCAACGCGUGCACGGACAGCUGGGCGAGCCAGCGCGACGGCCCGCACCGGAGGGUCUCCCAGAAGGAGCUGCGCAAAACUUUCGCCCGAUCCAAGGCCGCCAACGUCAACAGGACGUACGACGAGCACGUCAACUCCAGGGCCCAGGAGCCCCUGACGAGCAUGAGGAGGAGAGCCCUGCUGAGGAAGGCGAGCUCUCUGCCCCCGACCACCGCGCACAUCCUGAGCGCGCUGCUGGAGUCGCGAGUCAACAUCCCCCAGUACCCGUCCACGGCGGUGGACUUCAAGUAUUACCUCAAAGAGCACAACGAAAGAGAGUUUUUCCUGGAGCUCGUGAAAGACAUUUCCAACGACUUGGAUCUGACGAGUCUCAGCUACAAAAUCCUCGUGUUUGUUUGUAUUAUGGUGGACGCGGACCGGUGCUCGUUGUUUCUAGUGGAGGGGGCGGGCAACAAGAAGACACUAGUGUCCAAAUUCUUUGACGUGCACGCGGGGACCACUGUUUUACCCUCCAUGAAUUCAGAUGAAGUUCAAGUACCGUGGGGGAAAGGAAUCAUCGGAUAUGUGGCCGAGCACGGGGAGACUGUGAACAUUUCUGACGCCUAUCAGACGUUGUGCUUUGGAAGACAGCGCCCAGACGAGUUGUGCAUUUCCAUGCACCAUCAUUUAAAAGAUCGUCGGUUCAGUGACGAAAUUGACAAGCUGACGGGGUACAAAACCAAGUCACUCUUGUGCAUGCCCAUUCACAACAGUGACGGAGAGAUCAUUGGAGUCGCUCAGGCCAUCAACAAGACUUCGAGUGGAGAACUCUUCACUGAAGAUGAUGAAAAGGUGCUGCAGAUGUACCUGCCCUUCUGUGGCAUCGCGAUCUCCAAUGCCCAACUCUUCGCCGCCUCAAGGAAAGAGUAUGACAGGAGUCGGGCGCUCCUGGAGGUAGUCAAUGACCUCUUUGAAGAGCAGACUGACCUGGAGAAGAUCGUCAGGAAGAUCAUGCACCGUGCCCAGACUUUGCUAAAGUGCGAGCGCUGCUCUGUCCAGUUGCUGGAGGACAUUGAGUCACCGGUGGUGAAGUUCACCAAGUCGUUUGAGCUACUGUCUCCUAAGUGUAGCGCAGACAUUGAAAGCAGCUUCAAAGACAGCAUGGAGAAAUCGUCCUACUCGGACUGGCUCAUCAACAACAGCAUCGCGGAGCUGGUGGCGUCCACCGGACUCCCCGUGAACAUUAGCGACGCCUACCAGGAUCCCCGCUUUGAUGCCGAGGCGGACCAGUUCUCAGACUUCCACAUCCGCUCCGUGCUUUGUGUUCCCAUAUGGAACAGCAACCACCAAAUCAUUGGUGUCGCCCAAGUGCUGAACCGGCUCGAUGGGCAACCGUUCGACGAUGCCGACCAGCGUCUCUUUGAAGCCUUUGUGAUCUUUUGCGGCCUGGGCAUCAACAACACCAUCAUGUACGACCAGGUGAAGAAGUCCUGGGCCAAGCAGUCCGUAGCUCUGGACGUUCUGUCUUACCAUGCCACUUGCUCCAAGACUGAAGUUGACAAAUUCAAGGCCGCCAACAUUCCCCUGGUGUGCGAGCUGGGCAUCGGUAAGCUGUCCUUUGACGACUUCUCCCUGGACGUGGACGCCAUGAUAACGGCCGCUUUGAGGAUGUUCAUGGAGUUAGGAAUGGUGCAGAAGUUCAAGAUUGACUACGAGACGCUGUGCAGAUGGCUCCUGACGGUCAGAAAGAACUACAGAAUGGUUCUCUAUCACAACUGGAGACAUGCCUUCAACGUCUGCCAGUGCAUGUUCGCGAUGCUGACGACAGCGGGCUUUCAGGAGACUCUGACCGAGGUGGAGACCCUGGCGCUCAUUGUGGGUUGUGUUUGCCACGACUUGGACCACAGGGGCACCAACAACGCUUUUCAGGCAAAGACGGGAUCAGCCCUCGCUCUGCUUUAUGGGACCUCUGCUACGCUGGAGCACCACCACUUCAACCAUGCCGUUAUGAUCCUGCAGAGCGAGGGUCACAAUAUCUUCUCCAACCUCUCCUCCAAAGAGUACGGUGACCUCAUGCAGCUGCUGAAACAGUCCAUUCUGGCCACAGACCUCACACUUUACUUUGAGAACAGAAACACUUUCUUCGAGCUGGUCAGCAACGGAGAGUACAACUGGAACCUGAAGGCUCACAGAGACAUGUGCAGAUCCAUGAUGAUGACGGCGUGUGAUCUCGGAGCUGUCACUAAACCCUGGGAAAUCUCCCGCAAGGUUGCUGAGUUGGUGACCAGCGAGUUCUUCGAGCAGGGCGACAGAGAGAGGUCGGAGCUGAAGCUCACCCCCUCCGCGAUCUUUGAUCGAAACCGGAAGGAUGAAUUGCCAGGACUUCAGCUGGAGUGGAUUGAUGGAAUUUGUACGCCGCUGUACGAGACUCUUGUCAAAUUGAAUCCCAAACUCCAGCCGAUGGUUGACAUGAUCAAAGCAAACAGGGCCAAUUGGGAGGAACUGAACGAGAAGAGACAACGUGGCCAGAGUGCUUCUGCGCCCUCGGGCCCCUGCAGCAGCGGGGGGGGCCACACAGACGCCAGCGAAUGCGCCGCGGCCGAAACGGGCGGCAAAACCUGCUGCGGCGACGGCGGCGGGGACGCCGACGGGACGACACCUAAACCCGUUAGUUAGCUACGGAGCCCCAUCUACCCGGCUGACCUCUUAUAGGGUCACUUCCUCUUAAACGCAGCCUGCAGAAGAAGCAGCGCACGCAGAGGUUCUUGGGGGGGGGGGGGCUCUGCUCCUCUUCGCUUUGACUGCUGCAGAUGAGCUUCAGACUUGAGGGGAGUUUUUUCCCCGCCUCCUUUCGGUCUUACUGUGCUGAAGGCUGACAGGGCCGAGGUUCGGCGGGCCUGAAAAUCAGCUGAUGAGACCCAAGUCAGAAAAGAAAACUCCAACCAGUGUGUCAAGCUGUCAUUCUGGGCAUUGGACGGAUGUUUCGGGCACAACAAAGGCAAUGGAGGAUUUGAGGGGGAUGUUUGUUUCUGCUGUGGUUGGUUUUGCUCCUUGUUGCUCGCAUUUUUUCCCGGGCGGGGGGGGGGGGGGAAACAAAAGAUAUUUUUUGUAAAUAUGUACACUAUUAAGUUAAGUGCUGUUUAGGAACCUUUUGAGCUCUGGCUUGUUACGUGGCUUCAGAGUUUGUGGAGGAUAGAGGAGAACAGGAACAGCAGGACCAGUGACAAAGCUUGCAAUGCAAAUUGAGUGCUAGGCUCCCUUCCUGUGCCUUGUUUUACGAAUCCUAAUGAAAAAUGCAUGGGCUCCUCACUGAGACUCUUAGAUGGAAAGCCAAGUUAAACCAUGACUUUUAUUGCCAUAAUUUAUACAAACAAAUAACUGCAAUUAUGUCUUGAUCACGUCAGCCACAAAGAAUUAACAUUAUGUACAAAAAUAAAUCUAUUUUGCCCAAUUUUAUAAAUACAGGUGUCACACACGCACACACACACACACAAUGUGCCUUGAUGAAGUUGUUCUGACACCAAUCCAUUUUUUUUAGGAAAUGCAUCUGCUGAUUUAACACAAACAGCUUAAACAUACAUUACAUUUAAUUAAAACUCACUAAAAUUAGAGUAGUAGAUAUUUGAAUAAAUAAGCUUACCAUUUUAUUAUGUUUCUAGAGUCAGUCAUAGUUAAAUUCAGCCUCCUAUAAAGACAGGAGAACUUUCCAAAUCAAAUCCACCAACCAGCAGUUCUAAAGAUCAUAAAGGAAUUAUUUUGUUUGGUUAAUCUGAACAAAAAGCAGAGGUUAAAGUCUUUCAACGGGUUACAAGUCAGACUAAUUUACCCUCAAAUAUCUCCUAAUGAAAAUAAUAGAAUAUUCAACAAUUAAUUGAUCAUAAUUUGAGAGCUUUAGAGGUGCUGGUGUGUGGAUUUUGGUACCUCUGGUCAGGCUCACUGUUCCUUCCUCUUUUCAUUCUUUAUGCUAAGCUGACCCGUAUCAUUUGAAAGUGGUGCCCUCCAAUUUGCCGUCGGAUGUGAGUUUG